AGAAGACUUUAAAAAUGCAUUGGCAGCGCACCAAAUGUCAUAAAGUAUUUCUGAACCCUAUUUUAAAUUCAAUGGUUCAUCAGUUUAAGAACAUCAAUUACCAAUUCUUGAAGAAAAAUCAAAAAUUCUUACCAAUCCAAACUUGCCUGGAGAUCAUUUACCAAUUACAGUUUUAUAAGUAUUAAGAAAAUUUUAAAGAACAUAACAAAAUUCUUUUAAUUCAAAUACAUUUAAGUCUUAUUUAAAACAUAAAGUGAUGUAUAAGAUACAACUUUAUUAAUAGUUUACAAAAACUGCUAUCAGACAAAAAUCUAGAUCUAAAGGGAGAUUCAUGAAUAUUCAAACUCAUGAGAAAUUCUAAUUUAUUGCUCCUCAAACUGCUAAACAAAAUUAACUGAAAAGUUAAUUGUCAACUGCACCUUAAUUGAGAGUAGGAACAAAUUAUGGAAUGAAGGUAAGUUAUUUAAAAAUUUCUCACUAGAAUCAUCAGAAAGUAGAGAUUCAACCUUUACUAGGCAAAUCACUGAUCAAAUAAUGA